AUCAUGCAUCACUAUCAUCAUCAUCAUGCAUCAUUAUCAUCAUAUAUCAUCAUCAUCAUGCAUCAUAUAUCAUCAUCAUCACGCAUCAUCAUCAUUAUAGUCAAACACAUCUGGUUAUAGCUCAUAUAACACCUGAUAUAAGUAUUUUAAGACUAGUUAAUUCUGCUACAUUGAAUGUCAUGAAAAUCAAUGCAUAAAUUCUCAAUGAUUUGGACAGAAAAGGAAACAAAUGCUCAGUAUCUUCAUGUGAUGCUCCUAGGAUUGGAAUGUUUGAAGAUCAGGAUGGAUCAUUCAAGAGAAGGGGAAGAAAGCCUAAAGAAUGGAAGUUUCUUGUUUUCCUCCUAAGCAAGGCAAACGAUGACUUCCUACCAUCAGCUGGGGAAAUCAACCGACUGCAACGCUGUGGAUAUGUUUCUGCACCAGUGACCGUGCCUCCACCUACAGUUUCUGCCCCAGUGACUGUGCAUCCUCCUCCUUCAGUUUCUGCACCAGUGACUGUGCAUCCUCCACCUACAGUUUCUGCCCCAGUGACUGUGCAUCCUCCUCCUUCAGUUUCUGCACCAGUGACUGUGCAUCCUCCUCCUUCAGUUUCUGCACCAGUGACUGUGCCUCCUCCGCCUACAGUUUCUGCACCAGUGACCGUGCCUCCUCCACCUACAGUUUCUACACCAGUGACCGUGCCUCCUCCUCCUACAGUUUCUGCACCAGUGACCGUGCCUCCUCCACCUACAGUUUCUGCACCAGUGACCGUGCCUCCUCCACUUACAGUUUCUGCACCAGUGACCGUGCCCCCUCCGCCUACAGUUACUGCACCAGCGACCGUCUUUACACCGGUACAAUCAUCAAUACCAGAGACCGAAACUGAGCCAUAUCCAGUACCAGAUCCUGUUCACAUUGCUGAUGUGACCGAUGCUCAGAUGGAUAUGUCUCAUGACUCUUUUUUUGAACAUACACCUGUUAUUUCAUUUAGACGGAGACGAGCAGCAAGCAUAAGGGCACGAGCAACAAUUAGAGAAAAUGCAGCAGCCAUUAUGAUGACAUCAGGAUCUUCUGGAUCUGCAUCACUAAUAUCAUCUCCAGUGUCACAACCAACAUCUCCUCUUCGACUCAAUAUUGAUAGUCCACCGAGAAUACCACCAUUACCAUCCCUUGAGAGCUCUCCACAAGCAUCACAACAGUCAAAUCUUGAUACAGUCCUUAGUCAGCUCCAUGGCCUACUCUGUGGCAGUAAACCUGUAGCUGUACGCAGGGAUCAUGUGGUGGAGGACAUGAUGGAGCUUUACAAGGAUACCAACCUUCUUCUACAUAUGUUAAGCGUGUCAUUUGAAGGAGAGGAGGGCCAGGAUGCAGGCGGGCUGACUAAAGAUGUCUUCACUGCAUUUUGGGAAAGUGCCUACACAAAAUAUUUUAGUGGGGAAGAUGUACUGGUACCAUUCAUACCUCCUCACAGAUAUUGUGAAGGCAUUUCGGUUUUUCCCAUACUUGGAAGGAUAUUUUGUCAUGGCAUUGCCUUGACAGGAUUCCUUCCAGUUAGGAUCAGUCGAACUGUCCUAAUUUCCAUAGCUUAUGGGCCGAUGGUGAUGGAUGAGAAAAUCCUGCUGGAUGAUUUCCUAUCCUUCAUCUCGGAACAUGAGCGGAAAUUGACAAGUAAGGGACUUGACUCUUUUGACACUCUGACUCAAGGAGAGACCAGCCAAUUGAUUGACAUGUUUGCUAGGUUUAACAUGGCUGUGGUACCUACAAGGAACACAUUUCAGCAGCAUGUGUUAAACUUAGCAGUGUGUGAGUUAACUGGUAGGCCUUCCUUCCUUUGCAGCCAGAUGAGAUCUGGCAUUCCUGAUCUUUAUCAGGAUGUCUUUUUUCAUCCGAUUGCAAAGGAAGGUCUUGUGUCACUGUGUGACAGACUUCAGCCAACUCCCUCACGUGUCGCUGAUCUGUUGAGGACUGAUCAUGAGUUGCAACCUGAAGGAGACAGGAUAUAUGGGAAUGUUUUAGACCUUCCACUGGAGUACAAUACACUGCAGGAGUUUAAGAGGGAAUUUCUGUGCAGUAUUGAUUUCAUUGAAACUUGUUUAACAGGGUUGAGGAAAUGCAUAGUCAGCAGCUGUAUUUUAGGACAAUAA